UAAACGCACGAAAAUGUCCUGCACGAUUUGAAGCUUAUAAAAGUUAUUUUAUGGCAUUUGUUUGCUGCUGACAAGAACGAGUGCAAAAGGAGAACAAAGGUUUCCACCAUGAGUAGCAGGAGGAAACGUGCGCCGCCAGUGCGCGUGGAUGAGGAUGCCAAAAGGAAACUGGACUGGAAUAUGCAUGAAGAUCGCAAGAAUGAAGGAGUUUGUGAAGACAUUCUGGAGUCCGUCCCAGCACCGUCUGACAGCUGUCUGCCUGUACCAGUGUCUGGCCAGGGUUUUAUAUCUUCUGCAGGCACAGAAGAAGGACCAUCAGAAGAGCGUCCAAGCUGCUCCACACAGGAUUCUCCUCCAGACACCAUUGAACUGAACGUAAUGCCAAUUUCUGGUCUGGAUCAAUGCUGGAACGCAUUGAUCGGAGAGUUUAACUUGCAUCCGAAGAUUCCUAUUGAGGUUGGAGAUGGCUCGUUCUGCCUGCAGCAAACAGGUGACACACUGAGCAUGAGUCUGAACACUCUUGAGAUGGAGGAUGAGAUGGGUAGAAGUGAUCCGCUCUGUUCUGUGCCUGUCGCAUGUUCGCUUGGUGGACUGUUGUUGGAGGAUCUGGAUUGGCUGCAGAAGAGGAAGGUCAUUAAAUUGUGUCAUGCAUCAGGAGGUGUGUCAGUAAAGCUGAAAGUUUUUCUCGUUGAAUCAGGGUUGGGCAGACCAGAAUUCCUCAGCGAAGGAAACGGACGCAUCAAAAAAGCCAGUCAGCUUCUGCAGAAAUUAAUGGAACUGUUUUACGACUUUAUCAUCCCUGAGGUGAUGGAGAAUGAAGACGAGGAAUGUGACACUGAUCUGGAGCGACAGAACGUGGAGGAGCUGUAUGAUCACGUCAGACACCUCCACCAGACAGAAGCAGCCGAGCAGAGCUUCCACGUCCAGCACCCGGCCCUCAUCCCCAUCCUCAGACCCUACCAGAGUCAGGCCGUCAACUGGAUGCUGAGGAGGGAGAAGUACAAAAGCAGCAGCUCUCCAGAGCAAAGGUUGCAUUUUCUUUGGAGGGAAAUGGUCACGAUUUGCGGGAAAAAACUCUUUUACAAUCCCUACACUGGAUGUCUGAUUCGAGAGUUUCCUCUGGCUGGAGUGGACUGGCCCGGCGGGAUCCUUGCUGAUGAGAUGGGACUUGGAAAAACUGUGGAAGUACUGGCCCUUAUUUUGUGUAACACCCGGCAAAACCUGGAGCACGGGGUCCUUACUUUACCUGUGGGUCGGUCUGUGAAUUACUUUGUUCCUCCUCCACCAUUAGAGAGACAAAGAACCAUAAAGCAUGAAGCAAGACCCAAGGAGAAGAUCAUUUAUCCUGCUGUUCGUGAGAUGCUGUUAACUGCUAUUAAGGAAAUGAAGGUUGGAAAAGGAGCGUCAAUUAAUGCCAUUUUUGCAUAUCUGCGGACUAUGUACAAGUACGACACCCUGAAGAACCGCAACCACAUCAAGAAAAUCUUGACCAAGCUCAUUAGCGAGAACAUUGUGGAGCAGAUCAAAGGACGAGGCUUAGCGGGAUCCUUCAAACUGGGGAAGAACUACAAAGAGAAGAAGAAGAAGCCUGUCACUGCACGAACUAAGUCUGCUGACCAGCCCGCUCCCAGGAGAACAUCUCGUCGAGUUUCUGCUCCGGAAAAAGACUCCUCACUGACCUCCUAUACAACAACAGCAUCAGAUUCAGCAUCAGAAGACAGUAUGAAUCCUCCUCUCCUCACAGAAGAGCUGAAGUCUGAUCCAGACUCACUUCUAGACCCAGAAAAUCCACCGCAGGAAACACCUGUAGACAUAACAGAUGAUAAAGAAACACCAGAUACAACCCAACAGCAAAUAACAGACGAUGUCCAUAUUGAAUCUAACAAACCAGAUCUUACACAAACUCCAAAACCUGAAGUCGAAACGCCAACCAGAGCGUCUGUGGUCCCGUUUAAUACUCCAGAUUACCGCUUUGAGUGCAUCUGUGGAGAGCUGGGCCUGGUGGACUAUAAGCCUCGGGUUCAGUGUCUGAACUGUCUGUUAUGGCAGCAUGCCGAGUGUGUCAACUAUAAAGAGGAGAAUCUGGAAACGACGCCGUUUUAUUGUCCUCACUGUCUGGUGGCCAUGACACCGGUGUCCACUGGAGCAACUCUUAUCAUCUCUCCCAGCUCUAUUUGUCAUCAGUGGGUGGAUGAAAUCAACCGGCACAUUCACACCUCCUCCCUCAGAGUGCUGGUGUAUCAGGGUGUGAAGAGACACGGUUUUAUCCAGCCUCACAUUCUAGCCGAGCAGGAUGUGGUCAUCACCACUUAUGACGUUCUGCGCACUGAACUCAAUUAUGUGGAUAUUCCUCACAGCAACAGUAAAGAUGGCCGUCGAUUCCGCAACCAGAAGCGCUACAUGGCCAUACCUAGCCCUCUAGUGGCUGUGGAGUGGUGGCGCGUCUGUCUGGAUGAAGCUCAGAUGGUGGAGUGCACCACAGCCAAGGCUGCAGAGAUGGCUUUGCGUCUCACAUCUGUUAAUCGCUGGUGUGUGAGUGGAACUCCUGUGCAGAGGGGUUUGGAGGACCUGUAUGGUCUUGUCCUGUUCUUGGGGGUUGAUCCCUACUGGGUGAAGUACUGGUGGGAUCAGUUACUGUAUCGCCCGUACCGUCACGGCAAUACAUCACCGCUCUACAAUGUCAUUGGUCAAUUACUAUGGCGAUCUGCCAAAAAAGAUGUCAUUGAUCAGAUCCAAAUCCCCCCUCAAACAGAGGAGAUUCACUGGCUCAACUUCUCCCCCGUGGAAAGACACUUUUACCACCGUCAGCAUGAGGUUUGCUCCCAGGAUGCUUUAGUGAAGCUGAGGAAGAUCUCCGAUUGGUCACUGAAGCUGGGUAGUUUGGACCGUCGUACAGUCACUACUAUUUUAUACCCUCUUCUGCGUCUGCGCCAGGCAUGCUGCCAUCCGCAGGCUGUCCGAGGAGAAUUUCUGCCCCUCCAAAAAAGCACAAUGACAAUGGAAGAGUUGUUGAAGUCGCUGCAGAAGAAAUGUCGUGUGGAGUGUGAAGAAGCGCACAGGCAGCUGGUCUGUGCUCUUAACGGUCUGGCUGGAAUCCACAUCAUUAGAAGUGAGUUUGUAGAUGCAGCAGAGAUGUACAGGGAAGUGUUGCGAUCAUCUGAAGAACACAAAGCAAGACUGAAAACUGAUUCCCUUCAGAGACUUCAUGCAACCCACAAUCUAAUGGAACUUCUAAGUGCAAACCACCCUGGGAUUCCUCCAACCCUGAGAGAUGACAGUCUCAAAGAAGAGGCAGAGCAGCUGAAGCAGCAUUACAUGGCUAAAGUGAACUCUGAGGUUUCUGAAGCACAUCAAAAUCUGCAGCCUGUUCUUCAGCACAUUAAAGAACAAAGACGCAAGGUGAACCUUCGCUCCCCGUGGUGGCUAGAUGUCAUCCAGCAGGCCAUUCAGUACUCCAUGGAUGACGAGCUUGUCAGUCGCAUUCAAAAUGAGCUCACAUGCAGUUAUAAACAACAAGCCAACAAGCUGUCAUUGGCAGACAAGUUUCGAGACGCUCGGGGUCUUCAGUUUCUGCUCAGCACUCAAAUGGACGAUUUGGUGAAAUCACAGAAAACAGUUCAGGAUGCUGUGAAGAAGCUGGAAGGGCCGCCAUCUCAGCAGGUCAUCGAGGAGGCAACACUUUGCCACCUGCGGCCUGUUCGCCUGCCACUGAACAACUGUGUGUUUUGCAAAGCAGAUGAACUUUUCACAGACUACGAGUCAAAGCUUUUCUCACACACAGUAAAAGGGCAGACGGCCAUCUUUGAGGAGAUGAUUGAAGACGAGGAAGGGCUGGUAGACGACAGGCUUCCCACCACCAGCAGAGGAUUAUGGGCCGCCAGUGAGACCGAACGAGCCCUUAAAGCCAUCCUGUCCUUUGCUAAAGUCCGCCGCUUGGAGUCUGGCCUCAUCGAGGAGGGAAACUCCUUUAUGGAGCUGUUCGAGUCCUGGAAGAAAGAAUACAAGCUUCUGCAUGAGUACUGGAUGUCUCUGCGGGACCAUGUAUCUGCUAUAGAUGAGCUGGGAAUGGCCACCGAGAGGCUUCGUGUGCGCUUACCUGAUGAGCCCAAACCCAAAGUCCUGCAUAUAAUUGAGCCUCACGAGGUGGAGCAGAACAGGAUAAAGCUGCUCAAUGACAGGGCAGUGGCCAAAUCACAGCUGCAAAAAAAGCUUGGGCAGUUUCUCUAUCUCACAAACCUGGAGAAGUCUCAGGAUAAGUCCACUGGUGGUCUGAAUCCAGAACCAUGUCCAAUCUGUGCUCGUCCGCUGGGUCAGGAGUGGGCCGUACUGACCUGUGGACACUGUUUCUGUAACGAGUGCAUCGCCAUCAUUGUGGAGCAAUACAGCAUCGGCAAUCGACGGAGAGCUAUAAAGUGUGCCAUAUGCCGACAAACCACUUCACACGCAGAGAUCUCGUAUGUGUUCACCACUCAAAACACCCACCAGGGGCAGGACAUCCCUGUGAAGGGUAGCCACUCCACGAAGGUUGAGGCUGUGGUUCGAGUCCUAAAAAAAGUCCAGAUGACCGACCCAGGAGCCAAGUCUCUUGUGUUCUCCACGUGGCAGGGCGUCCUGGACAUCAUUGCCAAAGCCCUAUUCGACAACAACAUGGAGUUUGCACAGAUCAACGGAAUUCACAAGUUUCAGGAGAACCUGAGUGCUUUCAAAUAUGAGGAGAAGAUCAACAUCUUGCUGCUGCCGCUGCACACAGGCUCCAAUGGACUGAACAUCAUCGAGGCGACACAUGUGCUAUUGGUGGAGCCCAUCCUAAACCCCGCCCAUGAGCUGCAGGCCAUAGGAAGAGUGCAUCGGAUUGGCCAGACCAAACCCACAUUUGUUCAUCGGUUUCUGAUUAAGUCCACCAUCGAGGAACGGAUGCAAGCCAUGCUGAAAACAGUAGAAAAGAGUCAUGGUUCCACGUCUAUGAAGCAUUCGGAGGCCUCUGUGUUUACAGUGGCAGACUUGGCGGAUCUGUUCACCGAGGACAGCGAGACUCUUGAGUAAACGCGUCUCCAGACCUGCCAGCCCAAAGGCCAGUAAUGCGAACACCACACUAACACCAGCCAGGAGAUCCUGUAUGUUUGCUUUGCACAUUCCCCUUUCUAUAUGGUCUGUCCAAUAGUCUAAUUUAUCUAUUCGGCUCGGUGUGUAAAAGAAAAAGAAAAUGAAUUGACGUACUGUAUAUUAGCAGUCCUGUAUCUCUGUUUAUAGUGUCAUUUUUUUAUUAAUGCCUUGCUGUGCAUAAAGGAUUUUAUUAUGGUUUUAAUAAAUUGUAUUGAAAUUAGAAAACCUUUCUAAUGUUAUCCAUUCUGUGCAGUGGAUGGUUUUUAACAUUAGCACACAUGUAUUUGUGACUCUGAUGAAGCAAGUGUUUUAUAACCCACAGUAAUCACUGUCAAUCUGUACUGUAAAGCUGAUAAAAACACAGUAUGUGGUAAUUAUUGGAAUUAUGUUGUUGCUCUGUUUUAUUUUUAAUCUAAAUGUAACCCUGGUCGACAAAACCACUCGUAAGUGUCAUGGGUAUAUUUGUAGCAAUAGGCAAAAAUACAGGGGUUGGACAAUGAAACUGAAAUUCAAUUCAAUUCAUUUCACCUUUAUUUCUAUAGCACUUUUACAAUGUAGAUUGUGUCAAAUCAGCUUCACAUACAACAUUAUAGUAAAUUGAAACAGUGUCAUUUCAGUUUGCAGUGUUUACAUUCAGUUCAGUUUAGCUCAGUUCAGUGUGGUUUAAUAAUCACUACUGAGAGUCCAAACACUGAAGAGUAAUCCAUUGAUGCGCAGCUCUACAGGACCCGAACCAUGCAAGCCAGUGGCGACAGCAGCGAGGAAAAAACUUUACCAAUUGGUGAAAGUGAAGAAUAAAAAAAACCUUGAGAGAGCCAGACUCAGUUGGGCACGACCAUUUCUCCUUUGGCCAAACGUCUUGUGCAGAGCUGCAGUCUAGGUGCCGGAGGCAUGAGACACUGGCCAAAUUAUUGUUGGAGGUUUCAUGGCAAAAUUCGAGCAGUCUGGUGGACAAUCUUCAUUGAUUACACAUUCCACCAUUUAGAGCAAAGAGUGUGAAGGUUGAUUAGCAGAGUUAUAACACAGUUUUGCUUAAAAUAUUGCAAUGCACACAACAAUAUGCGUGACAUAUCAGGGUUCAAAAGAGGAUGCAUUUUUGGUGCACUUCUCACUGGCGCAUCUGUCACCAAGACAGCAAGUCUUUAGGAUGUAUCAAGAACAUGCACUCCCGAUUUUUCCUAGGAGUCUAUUUUAGACCCAUCUCACGCCACCCUCCCAUUUUGUUAUUUCUCUGGAAAAACUCCUGUAAUUUCACCCUCCAUCCACCCCUAGCCCGAAACCCGCUCCAUAGUUACUAACACUGCAGCAUAGUAACUAGCCCACUUCUCAACAGUGUUAUUCAGACAUCACCCCCCCCCACCCCCCAUACACCAGGUCUCCAGGUCUUUCGGAGACAAAUGUUGGCAUGUAUGUGUAAUGUCAACAAACCACCAAGAAGGAUGAGCCACAUCUAGCAGGAGUAACAGUGGGCGCAAGAGGUAGCUGUCUGAAAGGGAUGUCCAGUUGCUAACCUAGAUUGUAUCCAAAAAACAUGAAACCACAGCAGCCCAAUUCACUGCAGAAUUAAAUGUGCACCUCAACUCUCUUGUUUCCACAGGGUAAACAUAGCCAGGUUGCUGUAUCUAAACCUUUGGUCACUUAUGCCAAUGCCAAACGUCAGUUUCAAUGGUGCCAGCAACGAAAAUCUUAGGCUGUGGACACUGUGAAAUAUGUAUUGUUCUCUGAUGAGUCUACCUUGACUGUCUUUCCUACAUCUGGGAGACUUAGGAGAUGCCCUGAAGAAGUGUACCACCCAGACUGUUGCAUGCCCAGAGUCAAGCAUGCGAAUGAAUCAGUGAUGGUUUGGACUGCAAUAUCAUGGCAUUCCCAUGUCUAACACUUGUGCUAGUUGUGCAAUACCUGUGGGCGUGACAUUGCCAAGGACUACCGAACCAUUCUGGAGGACUAUGUGCACCGAAUAGUUAAAACAUUGCAUCCUGAAGAUGGUGCUGUGUAUCGGGUCGAUAAUGCUCCACAACACACAGCAAGACGUGAUGAACAUAAAAGUGAAGUUGAACAACUCUCAUGGCCUGCCCAGUCACCAGAAUUAAAUAUUAUUGAGCCACUGUUUGUGAUUUGGAGGACAGAGUCAGGAACCAUUUUGCCCACCAGCGUCACAUAGUGACCUGGACACUGUACACACGUUUUAUACAAGAAGAACAGCUCAGAAUCCCUCUGGCCACUGUGCAGGACUUAUAUCUGUCAUUCCUAGGAGGACUUGAUGCUGUACUGGCUGCAAAAGGAGGCCCUACACCAUACUAAUGAAGUAUUGUGGUCUAAAACCAGGCAUUUGUCCAACCCCUGUACAUUUUAUGGGUCAAAAUCAAAUCAGAGUUUUCUUUAAUGCCAAUAAUCAUUAGAAUAUUAAGUAAAGAUCAUGUUUUGUGAAGAUAUUUUGUACGUUUCCUACUGUAAUUACAUUAAAACUUUACAUUAAAACAUUUUUAAUUAGUAAUGUGCAUUGCUAAGCACUUCAUUUGUUCAUAUUUGAAGGUGAUUUUCGCAAUAUUUAGAUUCUUUACACCCUCAGAUUCCAGUUGUAUCUCAGUCAAAUGUUAUCCAAUCCUAAUAAACCAUACAUUAAUGGCAAGCUUAUUAGAUAUCAGAUAAUGUAUAAAUCUCAAUUUCAUAAAACAGACAUUAAGGGCUUGGUUUUGUGGUCCAGGGUCACAAAUCCAUUAUUUUUAAUGAUAUUUAGGAAGGCAUUGAUUGUUGAAUGCAGAGUGUCUUCUGUUUAGACAUGUUGUCUCUGGGAUGUCAUAGCAAAGCAUUUCGAGCAUUUAUCUGGUGCUAUUUGCAAAACAAAGGACACGUGAUUUCAGUGUCCGUUAAACUCGUCCAAUAAAGAGCACUUGUAAAAAAGCAAAAACAGAAAGGAAAUUAAAGAGACUUUCUUUGGCCAAGAAUUACAACAUACAAGGACACUCAGAGGAACUGAACUCGUGUUCAGCUGUACUAAAAACGUCAUGAUACCUUUCACAUCAAUUUGGGAUAACAUAAAUAGUCUCAAUUGAAAGAAAAAAAUAUCUGAAUAAACUUUCUGUUUACAAAAA